AUGCGGGCCAAGCAGCGAGAGUGGAUCCUUUCAGGAUUGAGGAGCUUCGGAGCGCCUAUGGCUGUCGCCACACUAGUGAGUUUGCUCUUCGCUGUGCCCGGACUCGACUGGUCUUCGCCCUUGGACCACUUUGAAUGCUUCAGUGGAAAGAUGGAGGUCACCCAGGCUGAGUGGCGAGCUGGGCGAUCGGCCAUGCCCUUUGAUGUGGACAUCAGCCCUGGAAUGGACCUAUUGACACCCGCUGGGUUUUGCAACUCCUUGUUCUAUGCGGCGUCCCUUCGGCCCGGCGCCGGCCACAUGACGGCGCCCGUUUGUUCGACAUGGGUGUUCAUGUCAAGAGGAAGCACAUUGCGCUCCAGAACCAGACCUUUGGGGCGAAAGGAUUCCCAGGCAGUAAGGGAUGGCAACAUCCUUGCUGCGAGAGCAAUCAUUUUAUGUUUGAUUGCUGCAUCGAAAUGCGUAUGGUGGGUUCUCGAGCAGCCAUCUAGCAGCAUAUUUGAGCUGCACCCACUCUUUCAACAGAUGGUCAGAAUGCUUCGGGUCCACAGGCUCUCAAUCAACAUGAGCGAUUUCGGAGCGCCAACGGUUAAGAGGACCAUCCUCUAUUCCAGUCACCGCGAGGUGAACGACUUGCUUGACCAUACCGUCGAGCCACGCCUAGAGGCGGAAGGGCGUGACAAGUCGAAGGCAAGAAAGAAGGAACGCAGGGUCAAGUAUGUGCCUUGCAAGAAGAAGAAGAUAGAGCACAUCUUCACUACACCAGAGAAGAAGAACAAAGGUGGUUCUGCAUCCUCUCGGGCAUCAUCGCUAGAUUCAAAGCAGAAAGCUGAAGCGCACUUGGCAUCCCUUAAGGAUAUCCUUGAUGACUCCUUUGAUGACUCUAGCACGGACUCCGACAUUGAUGAGCUCUUGGAGGGGACGAAGGGUGGGGAAGGAGCAGAAGACUCAGGAAAGUCAGGAGGGAAAGACAAGUCAGAGGCGGAGGAAGAAGACGAUUCAGGAAGCGAUGAAGAGUCAUCAUGUGAAGCAGAGGAUGAAGAAGGAGAACCGGCAGAAGAGUCAAACCAGGAAGAGGCAGAUGAAGAGGGUUCAGGAAAGAAUGAAAGCGAUGAUGAUGGCUCUUCUGAAGAAGGAGAGGAAUCAGAGGAAGAGGGGUCAGAUGAUGAUGAUGAAGUGGAGUCGGAGCCAGAAGCGUGGUUCUACAUGCGCGUUGGAGUCUCCUACAAGCAAAAGGAAAUCACUUCCGAGUCAAUGUCUAUCAAGGCCAAAAAGAACUUGGACCCAGAGUUGAGGGCUUCCCUCACCGACGCUGACGACGGCAUUCUUCGGCCUGGCGCUCUUCCAAAGAUCCAAACGGCUUCAGCUGCAGGGAACAAAGCUCUCCUGGAUUCGCUUGCCAAGGUUACAGCUGCCCCCACAAAAAAGAAGGAGAAGGUGGAAGCGGAGGAGGUGGAACCAAAGACAUGGGCAGAGAAGGCCUCUGACAGCUUGGGGGACCUCUUGCAAGAUGCAGCCAAAGCCAGGACACUCUCCAUCAAACUGGGUCCAGUUCAGUAUGCGAGUGAGUUGGCUUUACAAAUGAAGAACCAUGCAAACCAUUUGGAGAAGUUGUAUCACAACAUCCGAGUGGCUUUGGACAAGAAAAGCGACGACAAGACUUACAAAAAGCUCCUCAAUCAAGUCGCUGAAGGCGCCACCUUUACAACAAAGUCUCAGGCCGCAGCCAAUGCAUUCCUGAAGCCUCCGAGCAAGAAGAAGAAGAAGGAAACGAGUACUGGCGGCACCAAAACCGGAGACAAGGCCCCAGACAAGGCCGCGGAGGUUGUGGACCAUCCACUACCCCACAGAGCUUUGCAAAGCUUCGCUGGCUUAGGGUCGAGCGGCAAGUGCGUAGCAAACGCGGAACGUGACCGUCACAGGCCCAAUGUGAACUUUGAGCGCCUUAUCCCUUUGACCAUCCAUGGGGACGGGGCCCAGUUCUACAGGAACGAUGAGAACUUUGUAUGGUCGGUUUCAAGUGCAUUCAGUGUGAAGGGUUGUGUGAAGGAUGUGUUGCUCUUCAAGUAUCCAGUGCGAGCCUCUGCAAACAUCAUCAUCAGCGAAGUCGUGGCCUGGUCCAUUUCCGUUGCUUUGGAAGGGAUUCUUCCAGAGACAGGAUUCUAUGGAGAGAGCUUUGACCCCUCAACCUACCGGUUCAAGAUGAAUGGCUCACAAGCAGCGAACGGGUGGAAGGCAUGUUUCUUUGCCAUGAAGGCCGACCUCAAAGCAAGGGCGCAACUGCACCAUUUUCCCCGGUAUUACCAAUGCAACCAGAUGUGCGACCGGUGCUUGGCGAGCCAGGGGAAAGGUUGUCCUGUGGAAAUGCACUACAAAAACUUCUCUCCAACCAAAGCUUGGGACCUCACACUGAUUGACCACCCAGGGUACGUGCUCCGGGAAAGGUUGUCUUUGAGCCCCUGGUUGUGCAUGGAGGGCUUUCAGAUUGAGUGCAUGAGCUAUGACUUCUUACAUAAUAUGUAUUUGGGCACUGGCCGUGAUUUCUUUGCGAGUGGGUUGAAAACCUUGGUUGAAUGUGGCGUCUACAGAGACACGGGUCUCACCCAAUUAGAUGACAUCCUGUGUCAUAUUGAACAUCGCAUCCGGGCCAAAUGCAAAGAGCACAAGAUUUCACUGCCUACAAAGCCCCAUCUUUGUAGCACAGCCCUGAAUGGCGACGACGACUAUGCAGAGUUGUCUUCAAGAUUCAAGGCCGCCCAUGUAAAGGUUUCGUUGUGGUGGCUAGCUGUGGAGUCACAAAGUGCGGCUGAUGCUGCGCCAGAGGACGAAUUGCUCAAUAUGCUGGCGUACACAGCAUACAACCUCCAACGGUGCAUCGAAGUGUUCGACCGUGGCGGCCUUGUCCUCUCUGAAGAUGAGGCCAAGGAAGCAUCGCACUGCCUCCACAUGCAUCUGGUCAGAUUUGCUUGGUUGGCUGACCACUACUUCAAAAGAAGAGUGAUGAUGUACAAAAUUAGAUGCAAACAUCAUUAUUUGUGGCACACCGCAUGGGAGGUGUCACGAUGGAGGUUGAACGCAAACCUCUUUCAUACCUUCCAGGAGGAGUCAUUUCUUGGAAAGAUAAAGGCAGUGGCAGUUAAAUGUCACGGUCGCUCAUGUACAGCACGAGUAUACCAGAGAUAUUUUCUCACACUUGCCAUGUGUCUUCAUGAAUAUAAGAAGCAGGAACUUAAGGUCGACGCCUGA